AUGGUCAGAGCUUACGGCCCCCCUCCCCUCUCCAGGGCUAGACCUUACCCGUACCUUUUAGAGGUUCUCGAAUCGCUGGCAAAUAAGAAAUUGCUCUCCGAGUACACCGGAGAUGUCAAGCAAUGGCUCUCAGUUUUAGAGGGCCAGUCGGGCGCUAAUGCUCAGAUGAUCGACUUGCAACCCGAGGUCGAAUGGUACAUGCGUCCAUACUUGUUGGACUUCCUCAUCGAGUUGCACCAGCUGUUUCGUUUGCAGCCUGCCACACUCUUUCUCGCCAUCAACAUCAUCGACCGCUAUUGCGCAAAACGUAUUGUGUUCAAGCGCCAUUACCAAUUGGUCGGGUGCACGGCGCUUUGGAUCGCCGGAAAGUACGAAGACAAGAAACUGAGAGUGCCUACCCUCCGUGAGUUGGCCAUCAUGUGCCGUCAAGCUUACGAUGAGGAGAUGUUCUUGCAAAUGGAGUUCCAUAUCUUGCUGACACUCGAAUGGCUGUUGAGUCACCCGCUGUUGGAAGAGUGCUUACAGUUGGCUAUCGUGGAGGCCGGUGUGUCUAAUCAAGUGACGCCAUGCAAGUACAAUCGCUCAUUGUCGGACCCACUGCUGCUGAAAGUUUCUGCAGUGACGGCGGUGGGCCGUUUUUUCUGCGAGUUGUCGCUCUACGACCGUUUUUUCUUGACGGUGCCAACUUCUCUCAUCAGUAUCUCCGCCACGCUUUUGGCGUGCUCCAUGCUCGGCGUGCCUUCCGCCAGCUCAUACUUGAAGGAGCUCCUCCGGCUGCUGGCUGGUCUGGAGUUGAGCUCGCAGUCGACUCUUGGAAGUCGCUCAUCUUCUACAUCGUCUAUGAGCAACUCGGAGAACGAGGCCCCUAUAGUCAUGGGUCCUUUCUUGCUGGGACUCGACGACAAUGCCAUCGCUACCGUCCGCAAAAUCGUCUUGAUGCUUUUCCUUCAAACGGCUUCGCUUUCGGACGUGUUGCUGCGUAAAUACCAGGCUCUCGGAGUCAUUCCCGUGAUCCACAACUACUCGAACAGACAUCCACUCACUGUGCAAGCUGUUUUCGACAGCACGAAGCAGCUUCAGGCCGAUGAUCUCGUGAUCUUGCCUGGCUCAGAUUUGGCUCACACCGCCGAUGUGUUGAUGAUGCUUGCACAGGAGUUGGCUCCUCACCAAUUGGCUCCGCCUCCAGGGUUCGCCUCGCAUGCUACACUCCCGCUGACCCCUCCGCUGGCCACGUCGCUGCUGGUAUUCUCACUCAACGACAACUCCUCAUACACGACUCCGGUUCUCCACCUGGACCUGGCGCAAUUCUCCAGUUACCUGCCUAAUCUAGACAGCGACUGGGCGCUGCCUAUUCCGCUGUCUAAGACUCGAAUCUGA